CCGUUGGAGUCACGCGGUUUCUGCCACAGCGCGGAAUUUCAGUUGGAACUUGUGAACCACAUUGCGAAUUGCAUUCAGCGUGGGGGAGGUUUCGAGUGCGCGCAUCUCACCCCCAAAAAUUUCCAGCACACGCAUGUAGAAUCAGUGCAAAUAUCCUGUGUCCACAAUGAGACUGUAUCCGGUGAUUUGUGCAUCAUGAAGGAAUUUCUGUGAUUAUUCAUCCCGUUCGCGCUAAGCAACUGGCCAUAUUCAUGCUGCGAAGAAAUCAAUUUGGAUUCUCAGGAAAACUCACCGACAACACCCUCACAGUGUGGGAAAGCUUCCACACUCAUGGGAAAGUGCAUAUCCAGGGUUUCCACCGGAACGUCACCAAAUAGCUUCGGAAGCACUCAGCGCUUGGCCAUCUCGGAGAGGAGUUUCGACGGUUCCUGCAUUGAUGAGGGUCAAUCGGAGAGUAAGAAGAGCGGCAAGAAGGAGCGCGGAAGUGAUGGCGUGGAGACCAAAGGAACAGCAAUGUCCUUCGGUUUCCGCAAGAAAUCCACUCCGGCUGGGAAAAAGAAUGUCGGCACUAAGGAGAAGGAGAAGACCGGACAGGAUGUGACUGUGAUAGAGAAUCGCGGUGUGUUCAACUCUAAUCUCACCGACAGCGACAAGAAUGGGAAUUCAGGAUCGAGGGAUUCUCUGGAUGAGGCAAUUCAGACGGGCAGGUCGACUCCUCGCCUUUCAGCCCCCAAGAAGGAAACCGCCGGGACGAAUUACAGAAGCACUCGCUUCGGUUUCCGCCAAAGCAACGCCGUGAGGCCCGCGUCGACGGGUCUCACGCCAAAAUUUGCAGACUUCGACAGCAACUCAAACACCACAGAUAAGCGUCGCUCAAAGAGUGCUUCGGGAAGUGCAUCAGCCGCCCGAGCCCAGAUCAAUGAGAUGCAUCAGAAAGUGACAAGUCAGGCACAGCAUCCCAAAAUAGCCAGUCAGAGUCAUCAGCAGCAGCAGCAGAGCCUGAGAGCGGCCUUUUUCGACACGCAGUCCAAGCCCAGCGCCGUGCGCACGGGAUUCCACACGAAUGACAUUGUUCGGCCGACGCCGCAGCUGGCAGUCGCGCCCGUGACCAAGCUGACGCUGCACUCGGCGAAUUUGCCGCGUCCGCAAGUCCCGGUGCCCGUCAGUCUCACCACCGCGCGCACCAUGGAUCCGAAGGGCGCCAAGCAGGCCCUCAACACCAGCCGUCGCUCCUUCUUCGCGGGCACGGCCAGCAGAGACACAUCCCUGGACUCCGGAAUUUCCAGCUACGCCAGCAGCCACAACGCGCCGGCGGCCAGGAAGGCGCGCGUGCGACAGCGAAAUCUCGAGGUGGUCAUGAAUGGGCGUCACACGUUCCAGGUGCGAGAUCUCGAUGACUCCCUCUCUGACGACGCCAUUGUGCCGCUGGCGCUGCCAAAGCUGCCCAGUGCGUUUCAGGCCUCUCGCCAGCCGGCACCCAUCAGCGGCCUCAUUCGCAUCGAUCAGCCACACUAUCGUGAGUUUCACAGAGAUCACGGAUCCCCGCCCAGAAAGCCCUCCAUUCCAUCCGACGUGGAGAGUCUGGAGGAAGAUGCCGAAGAAGGCAAAUUGUACAGAGACAAGGCUGCGUCGGAGAAGAGGGUGUCCCAGAUGGAGACCAGCAGCAAGCAGUCAUCUCCAGGCAGUUCUCGCGCCUCUUGGGGACAUGCUGGAGAGUCCAUGGCCCACAAGGACUUCAGCAGCCUGAGUCUGAGCAGCAGCGACGAUAGCAAGGAGCCACUGAAAGUCUCGUCAAUUGUGAUCAGAGAUGAUGACAUCACUUCAAUCACAUUCACACAUGAUCCAUCAAUGACAGACUUCCUGCCGCCGUACCGGCCAAAAGAGGCGUCUUUCAGCCUCCGCGAGGACACACAAUUCGCCGAGAUGGCCGCUGCAGUCAGCGAUGUUCUGCUGGAUGAUGAGACUUCGCCCACGGACAGCCUAGUCAGCAGCUGCACGGACACAGAUGAGCUGCUGAAGAAGAAUUCUCACGCCAAGAAAAAGACCCACGAUGAGCUGCUCAUGGUCAAGGAGAUGGAGAAAGAUUUGGAUGAGAUAUCACCCGAACUGGACGAUAUUAAUCUCAUCAGUCCAGUGAUGGUGGGAACUCCAACUCACGCCUCGACCUCUCUGUCCCUCUCAGAAGCCGGGCGAGACUUCCUGAUCGACGACGAGAUCGCCGAUCAACCAGCACUGGUAUUCAAUGACAAAAACGACACCGCGUCGAACAUGCAAGUCUCAACUGCGGACACAGUGACUCUUCAGGAGGUGAAUUCAAUGGAGAACCUAGGCGAAUUGGCCGCCAGCAUGACUCAGUCUGGCCAGAAGCUGCUCAGCAAUAGUUCCGCAAAGGCAUCCCGGCGACUCCCGCGCUCUGAGUCUCUGGACACUCUCUCGCCGUGUGAGUCCAUCGCGUCCGACGAUCUCAUGAUCGACUACCAGAGUCAGUCGAGCCUGGACUCAGUGGACAGGGUGGCCAGGUCGAAUGGCAGCGGCAGUGGCUCUGCCCUGCACUCCAUGGACGAGAAUCAGCUGUGGUCGGAGCUGGAGGCCCAGGGCGGUGAGCUCCUGAGGGAGUGGAGCAGUCUCCUGCGCGUGAAUGGCAAACCCAGCACCAGGGACAGCAUAACAUCACAACUCCCCGCGAGAGCGACGAGACUCCUGAACCGCUCCCGGCUGCAAAGCACCAUCAGCACCGCCGGAUCAGACAGCCCGCGCUCCCUGGACGGAGUUCCGCGACGCGCCCAGUCACUAUCCAAGACCAACUCGCCGCACUUGUUCCAGGAGUCGAACACGCGCUCUCCGGAAGGUGUGUACAUGGACAAAUCCACGCAGAACAUCAUGAUUCAGGACAUUGCGGCCAUGAAGAAGCAGCUGCUUCGCCUCAAGUGUCUGCUGCAGGAGGAUGAAGACAAUUUGAAGAUGGGCGAUCCUCUCAACUCAUUUGAACACAAUAAUGGGCAGAUCUUCACAACCUGCGCGCCGGACAGCAACUUAAGCAGCCUCUCGAGUCUCCAGAGUGAGUCAGCAUCUGAGGAACCUCACCAGGAUGUGGUGGAACUGAGAAGACAGGUGGUUGUUCUUCAGACUGAACUGGAUGAUAGAGACAGAACGAUAAAGAUCCAAAAGAAUAUUAUAGCCAAGUACGAGGCGGAGAAGUUAAAGAGCAAGAAUCACGCCAACACCGCCGAAAAUGCAACUCAAACUGAAAGGAUUAAACCCAUGGCAACGCUAGCGCAAGAUCAAUUAGCCAGAAUUGAUUCAAACGGACUGACCCCGAAUUCUCAGCGAGUCACAACAACCACUUCCAUCUCCUUCAAGAGCCCCACUAAGGCCAUCACCUUAAAGCCCGUGAAGACCACCCCGAUCGGGAAUGUGACCAAUAUCGCGCACUCGCGGAAGUACGUGAGGAGUUUCAGCGUGGACGACACCGAGGCGGGCAUCAAGAAUGGGCGAAUAUCCGCGGGACUCAUGACGAAUGGGAGUCGCAAAAUUCCCAUUCUCUCAGGCACCGCCAAGAACACCUCGGCCAGAAUUCCGCGCUCAUCGCUCUCAUCAUCCCGCAGCGACUCAGUCAAUAGCAGUUCAUCGAGUCUAAGCGAGACGGCGGACAGGAAAUCCCUCCCCGCGAAAAUUCUCACGUCAAUGGCCAAAUGAGAGAUGGUC